AGUCCUCGGGCGUGGAAAGGGCGGCCAGCUGCUCAUCUCUCUCCAUCAUCGCCUACUUCCUAUCUCAGGGUCACAAAAGGACAACCCGCAUCUGGACACUUGCCGCGCGUCAUGGGACUUAGUCCAUCUCUCGGGCGUUCACGACGCUCGACCCAUCACUAGUCCAUACCCCGACGCGUCGCGGGCUGAGUGCCCGACCCUUGCUCCCCGCACGUGACCUGCCGCCGCGGAGCCACGCACGACGUGACGCCAUGAGCCUCAACUCGUCCUCGCCGCCUUAAUCUUAUCGCAAGCUGAUAUUCUUCCUAUAGAAGCUGAAGUGUCACGUGAAAGACGGAACUGACAGACGGAUGAGACAGGCGGCCCAGGUCACACGAAGCGGCAGGUGCGGGAGGGAGACGCUCGAGGCGCAUCGUCCUGACAGUGACUCACACUACGCUAAAGACGCUCCUUCACCCCACCUCACCUGUACAUGAAAAACACACACAAACACACACACACGUAUAUACGUCCAGCGUGAUGCCGGAAUAGAAGUGCCCAUCCCGUGUGCUUCGCGAAGAGUAUGUGUGUGAGUGUGUGCGUGGUGCCAAGCUGACGCAGCCGUCCCGUCCCCACAGCGCAGCGGGAAGUCACAGACACACGCCUUCGAAACAAAAUUGAGAAUAGGCACUACCCUUUACCAUAGCGGAGAACUGUGUAAGAGGCACCAGUGAGGCUGAGAAGGCGCAAGCCGGGAGUGACACAACAAUGGGUGGCGCGCAGAACCUAGAGGAGGCUGGGGACGGAGCAGGAGACGCCGAUACUCCCCUGCAGCAGAUUGAGAGCUCUUCGGAGGGCUUCCAGCACAUCCUGGAGAGCGUGGGAGGCCUCGGCAGGUGGCAGUGGAAGCUGUUCAUCUUGACCUCCUUCUGCGGGAUUUUUACGGCUUUCCACAACCUGGCGGCGGUGUUCCUCGCCGCCACUCCCGACCACUGGUGUCAUGUGGCGCCCCUCGACUCCCUGGGUGCCUCUCAUGACCUUCGCAACGGUUCUGUGCCAUGGGAGGGCGGAUGGAAGGGCCAGCAGAGCAAGUAUUCCUCCUGCCUCUACUACGACAGGAACUGGACGGGCCUGGUGGAGGAGGGGCUGCAAGAGGACGACCUACCCCUCCUGCCCACCGACGGCGUGCCCACCCUCGCCUGCCAGGAGUGGGAGUACGACCACUCCACGUAUGAAACGACAGCUGUGGAGGAGUGGAACCUGGUGUGCGAGGACAAGUACCGAAUGUCGCUCAUCCAGUCCACCUACAUGGCGGGUGUGCUGACCGGCGCCCUGGUGCUCAGCGAACUGUCCGACAAGUUUGGGCGGCGCACCAUCUCCCUCAUCUCCUCGGUGGGCUUUGUCAUCUCGUCCAUCGCCAUCGCCUUCGUCACCCACUACUCCCUCUUCCUCACCUUCCGCUUCCUGGUCGCUGCCUUUGGGUCCGGCUUCUUCCUCCCCAACUUCGUCAUCUUGAUGGAGACGGUGGGGCCUGAGGGGCGUACCAUCAUGGGCAUGCUGUACCAGUGUUUCUUCUCCGUGGGCUUCAUGCUGCUGCCCAUCAUCGCCUACUUCGUCAACGAGUGGCGUGCCCUCGAGCUCUGCAUCUCCGUGCCCAGCGUCCUCCUGCUGCUCAACUACUGGUUCCUGCCAGAGUCCCCGCGUUGGCUGAUGACGUCCGGCCGCUCUGAGGAGGCCCUGACCAUCCUGCGGCAGGUGGCCAAGACCAACGGCUGCACCAUGCCCCCCCAAGCCGAGCUGGACAAAAUUAUCUCCAACAUUGAGAAAGAGCGCAAAGGAAACUGGAGAGAAAAGGAACCAAACCUGCAUCAGAAACUCAUCAACUUCUUCAGGAGCACCAUCACCCUCCUGAGCACAAAGAACAUGAGGCGCCGCUGUCUGAUCAUCUUCUUCGCCUGGUUCGUGGUCAGCAUGGUGUACUACGGCCUCACCUUCAGCGGCGGCAACAUCAACGCAUCGCCCUACCUGCUGGUCUUCCUCUCCGGCCUGGUGGAGAUUCCUUCCUACUUCCUUGUCUGCUGGACGCUCAAGAAGUUUGGCCGUCGACUCAACCUCUGUGUGCUGUUCCUUGUCUGUGGCACUGCCUGUCUCCUCAUCCUGGCCGUGCCUAAAGAUAUGGUUUGGCUCAACACGACGCUCGCAACAGUGGGCAAGUUCUUCAACUCUGCUGCCUUCGGUGUGGCAUACAUCUACUCGGCAGAGCUGGUGCCCACGGGGGUGAGGAACAUUGCGGUGGGCACCUCCUCUGUGUGUGCCAGGAUAGGCUCUGCACUUGCCCCCUUCAUCGUAGAUCUCCUGGGGACGCUCCACUACGCCGUGCCGUCCACCGUGUUCGGCCUGCUGUCCCUGGCGGCGGGGCUGCUGGCGCUCCUCCUCCCAGAGACUGGCCACUCGAACCUGCCGGAGAGCGUGGAGGAGGUGGAGCAGCUGCCCAGGUAGUGGCGGCCACGGCGGGGGAGGAUGUUGCCCCCCCCCCCCUACCACCACCACUACCAUCACCACCCUUCAUCACCUCCUCUCCUUCACAAUCGGUUCUUUUUUACUAAUCAGUGCCACUACACCUACUACUACUACAACCACAACUACGCUUACUACCAGUGGCGUACCCAGAAAACUAAUAAGG